AUGGUUGAACUCGAUGAUCUCAGAGGCUUCACGUUUGGGUGGUACCAGUUAAAGUUUUCCCCGCCUUGCAACAUCAAAUGCACUUCAUCCUAUGGCUUUGUUCUCAGGGUGGCAACCAGCUUAAGGUUGGGCUUGAUUGUGGACACUGCUGAAGGUUCUAAAAUCCUCCUCAGAUCUGAAAGGGCGCGGAAUAACCGCGCAAACCCUGCUGUGUCCACCAUUCCCCCCACCAACAGAUUUUGCUGCACUCCAGCAUCUCACUCCCAGCUUUUCCCUCCUGUUCCCUGCAGGUAUAUCCGAACUAUGUACCUGGGGAUCCAGAGCCAGAGGCGGAAGGAACACCAGCGGCGUUUCUACUGGGCUAUGAUGUACGAAUAUGCAGACGUAAACAUGCUGCGCCUCCUGGAAACCUUCCUCGAGAGCGCCCCUCAACUGGUGCUACAGCUCUGCAUAAUGAUCCAAAAGAACCGUGCAGAAACAUUACCAUGUGUGUCCUCUGUGGCCUCCCUGAUGUCCCUGGCUUGGGUGCUAGCCUCCUAUCACAAGCUUCUUCGGGACUCUAGGGACGACAAGAAGAGUAUGAGCUACAGAGGGGCCCUCAUCCAUCUCUUCUGGCGCCUCUUCACCAUCUCAUCCCGAGUUAUUUCUUUUGCUCUCUUUGCUUCCAUCUUCCAGCUCUACUUUGGGAUCUUUGUAGUGGUCCAUUGGUGUGCCAUGGCUUUCUGGAUCAUCCAUGGUGGGACAGAUUUCUGCAUGUCUAAGUGGGAGGAGAUCCUCUUCAACAUGGUGGUAGGGAUUGUGUACAUUUUCUGCUGGUUUAAUGUCAAGGAAGGGCGGACUCGAUACCGAAUGUUUGCGUAUUACACGGUGGUCCUGACAGAGAACGCUGCCUUGACGCUCCUUUGGUAUUUUUACAGAGAUCCUGACACCACUGACUCCUAUGCCGUGCCAGCACUGUGUUGUGUCUUUCUUAGCUUUGCUGCUGGGAUAGCUUUGAUGCUGUUAUAUUAUGGUGUGCUGCAUCCCAUGGGGCCGAGAGCUAAGAUCUUUGCCAGCUCCUGUUGCGCCGAGCUGCUCUGGGGCAUUCCUCUGCCCCCCGAUGUUGAGCCCAUGGCGCCCCAAACCCCUGGGUACCGGGGGGCCCAGGCUACGCCCACCAGAGCGGUCACGGAGCAACAGGAGGAACUCACAGCUGACACUUGCUUGCCCGUUUUCCAGGUGAGAGCAAUGGUACCAUCUACUCCAUCUGGGCGACCCUACCCCCCCGAGGGGCCUCUCAUUAAGAUUGACAUCCCAAGAAAAAGAUAUCCUGCCUGGGAUGCUCAUUUUGUAGACAGGAGGUUGAGAAGAACUAUCAACAUCCUCCAAUAUGUCACCCCCACAGCUGUAGGUAUUAGGUAUAGAGAUGGACCUCUCUUAUAUGAGUUGCUACAAUAUGAAUCUUCACUUUAA